GGCGGAGAAGAUAGGCGGGAGAGAUGGAAGAGGAGGAAGGCAAAGGCCCUUCAGGAGAGAGGGUACUCCCCACAAAUACACUAGUAACUGAGAGCGAGGAAGAGAUGACCUAAAAGCUACGCAGAGGACACAGGAGUGUCUGUUUGGUGAUAGGCUUGGGACAUGAGCUAGGCAAUUCCAGCAGGCUCCUGAGACCCUCUUUAAAUGCAGAUUAAGUGAAACCUCAGAGGACUGAGGCUUCCAGCCAGAAGGGUCUCUCUUGGCCCCUUUCCACCUCCCCCUAUUAGUAACCAAUUAGCAAGGUCCUGAGGCAUCUGGGUUUUCUGCUGUGGCCUGGCUCUGCUCUCAGCCCCAGCAGUGGCCCGCUGGGCUGAGUGUGCUGCUCAGGCUGCCAACGUACUGAGUGUGUCUGGGGGAGCGGGGAGGGGUCUUACCAAGAGGACCCGGUGUUUCUCUGCCUCUGUUUGGUGGUGGGCCAGGCCAGUGCCUCGGGCUAUGUGAGGUUCCCUCACCCCCACCAUCAAAGCGCCUUCUGGUCCUUGUUAAAGAGUCUUCGGCCCAGUUGCCUUAGAUCUCCCAAGCUCUGUUUAGGGCACCUCAGCUGCAGGCUCCACUUGCCCCCGGGGAAUAGGCACAGAGGGUCAUUGCACAAGCGGUGGGAGGUGCAGAGGUCUACAGAGGUGACGUGAUGGCCAGUCCAGGAGGGACUUCUUCUUGGCACUGUUGGAAAAAACCAGAAGAAUCCUGUGGAGGCAUGUCUCUUAGGAAUGGCAGCUGCGGAGCGGAUCGCAUCCGGCGGCGGGACCGCCACAACCCGAGCGGCCAUGAACUCGGGACCCCAGCCUCGGACACCCCGGACACUAUUCAGCAUCGCAGACAUCCUAGGCCCGCGCAGGAUUACCCGAGGACCUUCUACGUCUCAGCUUCCAGAGUUGAGCCCCGGUCCCACGUCGCCUCUGUGCGCGCUGGAGGAGCUGACCAGUAAAACUUUCCUCGGACUCGACGGGCACGCUCCGGAGUCCUCUGAAGGCCGCGCAGCCCCGGGUGCGCUGGGCCCCGGCCCGACUGGCCGCAGGCGGCGCAAGUCACGCACAGCGUUCACCGCUCAGCAGGUGCUGGAGCUGGAGCGGCGCUUCGUCUUCCAGAAGUACCUGGCGCCUUCGGAGCGCGACGGGCUGGCGGCGAGGCUCGGUCUGGCCAACGCACAGGUUGUCACGUGGUUCCAGAACCGGCGAGCCAAGCUCAGGCGCGACGUGGAGGAGAUGCGCGCCGACGUGGCCUCGCUGAGUGCGCUGUCCCCCGAAGUCCCGUGCGGCCUGCAGCGGCCGGAUGGCGGCCCGGGUCCCGGCCCGCGGGACUCCGGGCACCACCUGACAGAAGAAGAGAUUCAGGUGGUCGACUGAAGGCAAAGCCGCUGCCGGCCGGGCUCUGGGGCCCCGUCUCCUCACCUCCGUGCCCCGCGCCCUGUCCCGGUUCCCGGGUGGAGGGAGGGUGUGGAUCCGGCCUUCUCCGGCUCAUAGUCCAGACGCUCAGUUUUCCCAGUUGUUGAGAAUAAAAUUGAGACUCAGUCGCA